AGUAAGAGUGGGUUCGGUGUCCGAUGGGGAUUUGCAACGCGCCUGCCACAUUUCAUCGAGCGAUGAACAUGAUAUUCCAGAACUUCGUCAACAAGACGCGGCUAACUCAGGGAAUGAUCAACUUCUGCGUGAUCGUAUACAUGGAUGACAUCCUUGUCUACUCGGAGACCUAUCACGGACAUGCACAACACAUUGAGUGGAUGCUGGGAGCACUGAGAGACGCUGGAUUCAAGAUCGCACUCGAAAAGAGUGAAUUUUUCCUUUCGGAAAUUUCGUUCUUGGGCUACGUCGUGACGCGUGGAGGACUGCGGUCUGACUCCAGAAAGGUCGCGGCGGUAAAAGAAGCUCCGGUUCCCACGUCGCAGACGCAGCUUCGAGCCUUCUUGGGAUUGGCAUCGUACUAUCGUCGUUUCAUCAAGGGCUUCGCCGCGAUUGCACGGCCACUAACGAACCUGUUACGAAAGGACCAGCCUCUCAGUUGGGAUGCGGAGUGUGAGCAGGCCUUGGCGACCCUCAAAGAUGCUCUGGCGACGACACCUAUUUUGAUUCGACCGGACCCAUCGAAACAGUUCAUUCUUAUCACAGACUGGCAACCGGAAGCUAUUUCCGCUAUUCUAGCGCAAAAGGGGAACGAUGGUCGCGAGCACGUCAUCAAGUACACGUCGCGCACGGUGUCAGACGAAAGGAGGAAUGACUCAACACCCCAAGGCGAAUGCUAUGCAGUAGUCUGGGGAAUCCAACACUUCCAUCAGUAUCUUUACGGACAGAAGUUCCGCCUCGUGACGGAUCAUGAGCCCUUGCUGGCAUUGAAGAAGCUCACUAACUACACGGGCAUGAUUGGACGAUGGGCGGUACGACUACAGGAAUACGACUUCGACAUCGUCCAUCGGAAGACAGAAAGGCACGACAACGCGGACGGACUGACACGUCUGCAUCGGCCCGCUAAAGUACCGAAGGGCGAGGAAAUCACCCCGUGGAAGGAGUCGGAACCGGCAAACGGGCCAAAAUACGGACAAGUGGCAGUUCUCCCACGUGGCACGAAGCAAACCAGUGGCAAUGGGUGACGGAGGUAACCUCUCCACCCCUCUUUCUCCCAUCUCCUCUUCGUCUAUUCUCUCCCUGCAUGAUAAAUUUUGCUAUUUUUG